AUGCCGGGCGCGCUCGCGGCUCUCUUGGCCACUUCAUCCUGCUCCCCCGCGAGUAAUCUCCACGUACCGGCGCUUUGCGGCGCGCUCUUCAGGCUCGGGACGCGAGCCUCGUACCAUGCGAGCACUCUGGGCGGGCCUGGGGAUGGGCCGGUGAACGGCGAGGAGGACCCCCUCGAGAUCGCGAACAUGGGGCGCCCAACCAUUCCGUGGGUUCGGCAGGUCAUCAACGGUGCGAGCCUCAUUCGCGACUGCAAGUACAACAAAGGUCUUGCGUUCACGGAAUCCGAGCGCGACCGGCUCUACCUGCGAGGCCUGCUGCCGCCCGCGGUGCUCUCCCAGCGCUCCCAGCUCGCGCGCGUCAUGGUCAACAUCCGGUCGAUGCCAAGCGACCUCGACAAAUACAGUUACCUCAAGUCCCUACAGGACCGCAACGAGAGGCUGUACUACAGGGUCCUCGCAGACAACAUCGAGGAGCUCCUGCCUGUCGUGCACCACCCGACGGUCGGGCAGGCGUGCGAGCGCUACGGGCUGAUGUUCAAGGCCGUCCCGCGCGGCCUCUUCCUCUCGCUGCGGGACCGCGGCAUGAUCCGCAACAUCCUCAAGAACUGGCCCGAGCGCAUCGUGCGCAUGGUCGUCCUGACGGACGGCGAGCGCGUGCGCGGGCACGGGGACCUCGGCAUCCAGGGCAUGGGCGUGGCGGUGGCGCGCGCGGGCCUGUACACCGCGUGCGCGGGGAUCGUGCCGCACCUCACGCUGCCGAUCGUUGUCGACGUCGGCUGCAACAAUGCGUCGAUCCGCGACGGGCCGUUCUACGUCGGGGAGCGCCACACGCGGCCGCGCGGAGACGAAUACUACUCCUUCCUUGACGAGGUGAUCGCCGCGCUGCGGCACCGGUACGGAAACAACGUGAUCAUUCAGCUCGAGGACUUCGCGGAGGCGUCGACGCGGCGGAUAAUGUCGGUGCACCGCGGGAGCUGCUGCAUCUUCAAUGACGACAUGCAAACUUACCCGGCAGUCAUCCUCGCCGCGCUCAUCAACGCCGCGAUCGUCGCGGCGGACAACCCGAACGUGGGCCUCGAGGGCCACCGCAUCCUCUUCACGGGCGCGGGCCCUGUGCCGGCGUGGGCCGCUGAGAUGGUCGCCGCGCACAUCGCGCGCCGCACCGGGGAAGGGCUCGCAACCGUCCGCGGGAGCAUCUUCCUGCACGACGACCACGGGCUGGUCUGCCGCGACAGUCAAGACCACCUCGGCGACGAGCAGCUCCUGUACGCGCACAAGGACAUCGCGGCCGCCCCAUGCCGCAGCCUCCUGGACACCGUCAAGCAUGUCCGCCCCACAGCGAUCAUCGGCCUCGGCGUCGGGAGCCACGAGUCCACGGACCCCUCGCACGAGCUGUUCUCCGAGGACGUGUGCCGCGCGAUGGCGGCCCACACGCACCGCCCGAUCAUCCUCGCGCUGGGCCACCCCGAGGAGGAGGUGACUUAUCAGGAUGCCAUGAAAUGGACCGACGGCCGGUGCAUCUACGGCGGCCGGAACAUCCCGCGUCGCGACACCGCCGGCGUCCCAGCGGCCCCGGUCACGCCGACGCUGCUGGCCCCCGGGAUGGUGCUUGGCGCGGCCGCGGCGGGGGGGACUCGCUUGACUCAGGACAUGUUCCUGGCGGCCGGGGAGGAGCUCGCGGCGAUGGUGACGGACGAGGAGCGCGCAGCGGGCGCGCUGCUGCCGCCGGUGCGGCGCGUGCGCGAGGUGUCGGCGAAGAUAGCUGUUGGCGUGGCGCGUGCCGCGUACGCAGGCGGGCACGCGACGAACCUGCCGAAGCCGAGCAACCUCGCUGCGUUCGUGAGCUCCGUGAUGUACAACCCGACGUACCGCACGUACCGCUAG